AUGUCCGGCGUGGCUUUAACUCAUGCGAGUUCUUGGGGCGCGGCUCUGGUGAGGAUUUCUCCGUACACGUUCUCCGCCAUCGGAAUCGCCAUCUCCAUCGGCGUCUCCGUUCUCGGCGCCGCCUGGGGAAUUUACAUUACCGGAAGUAGUUUGAUCGGGGCCGCCAUUGAAGCUCCUCGUAUCACUUCUAAGAAUCUCAUCAGUGUAAUCUUUUGUGAAGCUGUAGCAAUAUACGGUGUUAUUGUUGCAAUCAUAUUACAAACGAAAUUGGAGAGUGUGCCAUCGUCAAAGAUGUAUGAUCCUGAGUCAUUAAGAGCUGGAUAUGCAAUCUUUGCUUCUGGAAUCAUAGUUGGAUUCGCAAACCUCGUAUGCGGGCUAUGUGUAGGGAUCAUUGGAAGUAGUUGCGCGUUGUCUGAUGCUCAGAACUCGACGCUGUUCGUGAAGAUUCUUGUGAUUGAGAUCUUUGGGAGUGCUCUCGGUUUAUUUGGUGUUAUCGUUGGGAUCAUUAUGUCAGCUCAAGCUACAUGGCCUACAAAAUAG